AUGGGUAAAAAGAUAAAGAAGGAAGCAGAACCUCCUCCUAAGGAUGUGUUUGAUCCAUUAACAAUUGAAAGCAAAAAAGCAGCAACUGUGGUGUUAAUGCUUAAUUCUCCAGAAGAAGACAUUUUGGCUAAAGCAUGUGAAGCCAUUUAUAGAUUUGCUUUAAAAGGUGAGGAAAAUAAAGCAACCCUUCUUGAACUUGGAGCUGUGGAACCUUUAACUAAACUGCUCACCCAUGAAGACAAAAUUGUAAGAAGAAAUGCUACUAUGAUAUUUGGGAUCCUGGCUUCUAAUAAUGAUGUCAAAAAAUUGUUGAGAGAGUUAGAUGUCAUGAAUUCUGUUAUUGCUCAACUUGCUCCAGAAGAAGAAGUAGUUAUCCAUGAGUUUGCUAGUCUUUGCCUAGCAAACAUGUCUGCAGAGUAUACCAGCAAAGUGCAAAUAUUUGAACACGGUGGAUUAGAGCCACUCAUUAGACUGCUGAGCAGCCCAGACCCUGACGUGAAGAAGAAUUCUAUUGAGUGCAUUUACAACUUGGCCCAGGAUUUUCAGUGUCGAACUACGCUUCAAGAACUAAAUGCAAUCCCUUCUAUAUUAGAUCUCUUGAAGUCAGAAUAUCCAGUCAUUCAGUUGUUGGCUCUCAAAACCUUAGGUGUUAUUACACUUGACAAGGAAUCCCGGGCAAUGCUAAGAGAGAAUCAAGGAGUGGACCACCUUAUUAAGAUCCUAGAGACUAAGGAAUUUAAUGACCUUCACAUAGAAGCACUUUCGGUGAUAGCCAAUUGCCUCGAAGAUAUGGAUACCAUGGUGCUGAUUCAGCAGACAGGGAGUCUGAAGAAGCUCUUAUCAUUUGCAGAAAACUCUACAAUUCCUGAUAUUCAGAAGAAUGCAGCAAAAGCAAUUACUAAAGCAGCUUAUGAUCCUGAAAAUAGAAAACUUUUUCAUGAACAAGAAGUUGAAAAGUGCCUUGUAGCCCUUUUGGGUUCUGAAAACGAUGGAACUAAAAUUGCUGCUUCCCAAGCUAUUUCGGCCAUGUGUGAGAAUUCAGGCAGCAAAGAGUUUUUCAAUAAUCAGGGGAUUCCACAGUUAAUUCAGUUGCUGAAAAGUGACAAUGAAGAGGUAAGGGAGGCUGCAGCCCUUGCCCUGGCUAAUCUGACCACUUGCAAUCCUGCCAAUGCCAAUGCCGUUGCCGAAGCUGAUGGUAUUGAUCCAUUAAUAAACAUCCUGUCCAGUAAACGAGAUGGAGCCAUUGCCAACGCAGCCACAGUAUUAACAAACAUGGCAAUGCAGGAGCCACUACGUGUGAACAUACAGAGACAGGACGUCAUGCAGGCCCUCAUCGGCCCGCUGCAUUCCGCCAACACGGUCGUGCAGAGCAAAGCUGCUCUCACUGUGGCUGCAACUGCGUGUGAUGUUGAGGCCCGGACAGAGUUAAGGAAUUCAGGUGGACUGGAGCCCCUCGUAGAGCUUCUGCGCUCCAAGAAUGACGAAGUGAGAAAGCACGCCAGCUGGUCUCUAAUGGUCUGUGCCAGUGAUGAGCUGAUGGCCACUGAGUUAUGCAGGCUCGGGGCUUUAGAUAUCCUUCAAGAAAUUAAUCUAUCAGUAAGUCGAAAAAAUAAAUUCAGUGAGGCAGCUUAUAACAAAUUGCUCAACAACCACCUGUCUCUGAAAUAUAGCCAGACUGGCUAUUUGUCAUCAAGUAACAUAAUUAGCGAUGGAUUCUAUGAUUAUGGUCGGAUAAAUCCUGGCACCAAACUUCUGCCUUUGAAGGAUCUCUGCUUACAAGAACCAAGUGAUCUCCGCACUAUACUCUUAGUUAACAGUAAAUCUUCUGAUAUUUCUCCACCUGUAUCUGUGGAUGAUAAACCAUCAGACACUGGUCAUGGUCAAAGAAUUUCUUCUUCAUCUUCUUUAAGAAGAGCAAGUAAAGAAAAGACCAAUGCUGGAAUUGGAUCUCCCACAGAAGAGAAAUCAGAACCUACUUCCGGACGAAACACUGCUCUUAGCAAAAGCGCCACUAAAGAAAAAGUUUCCAGGAAAGGGAGAGGGAAAAAAGAGGAGGAAAAAGUGAAAGAGGAAGAAGAGUUUAUGGCAGUCCCCAAACUGACUGGAGAAGGAAGCUCAGAUAAAGCGUGGUGCCCUCCCUCUGAUCCUGACUUCUGUGUGUAUGUCUAUGAAGUGACCAAAUCAAUACUUCCCAUAACCAACAUUAAGGAACAGAUUGAGGCUCUUGCCAAGUAUGUGGCAGAAAAAAUGGGCGGUAAAAUUCCAAAAGAGAAACUGCACGAUUUCAGCUGGGAGCUUCAUAUAAGUGAACUAAAAUAUCAGCUUAAAUCCAAUGUCAUACCAAUUGGACAGAUCAAAAAAGGAAUCUUCUACCAUCGAGCCUUGCUUUUCAAGGCUCUGGCGGAUAAAAUUGGCGUCGGCUGCUCUCUGGUUCGUGGGGAGUACGGCAGAGCUUGGAAUGAAGUAAAGCUGAGGACUGAGUCUCGUAGGGGGGUGACCGGGGGUCUCCCUCCUCCCGAGGUAUACAUAGUUGACCUCGUAUUCCAUCCAGGAGGACUGAUGAAGUUAAGAAGCAGAGAGGCAGACCUGUACAGAUUUCUCUAAACCAUCAAACGAACACAAAAGGGGGUCCAACCAGAAAUUCAUUAGAUACAUUCUCUAUGAAGUUCACCUAUUAAUUUUGUUUCUUUAAAUAAAAGUAUUAGAAAUGC